AUGGUUGUACUCGAAGUGAGAGUUCCACUUAAUUCUCUUGUCAUUCUCUUCUAUUACUUAGUUACUUUUUCCACAUUUUCUCUUAUUCUUCCUCUUACUUCCUCUUUAUCUCAUCCCCACACCUUCGCACAAAUCUCAUCUCUUGAUCCUCCUGGCUCCAUGAAAUUCUUCAUCGAUGACCUCCCGGUGCUAUUUCCGUAUCCAAGGAUCUAUCCCGAGCAAUAUGCAUACAUGAGUGAUAUUAAAAAGACCCUAGAUGUGGGCGGGAACUGUAUUUUGGAAAUGCCUUCAGGUACUGGCAAAACCAUCUCGUUGCUCUCUCUCACAGUGGCGUAUCAAAUGCAUUAUCCAGAACACAGAAAGAUCGUCUAUUGCUCUCGUACAAUGUCCGAGAUCGAAAAGGCAUUGAUUGAGUUGCACAAGCUCAUGGAAUAUCGUGCUGAAGAAUUGGGAUAUGUUGAAGACUUUCGUGGUCUCGGAUUGACAAGUAGAAAAAACUUGUGCAUACAUCCCACUAUAUCGAAGGAACGAAAGGGUAAUGUUGUCGACGAGAAGUGUAGAAGGAUCACCAAUGGUCAGCUCAAACAGAAAAUCGAACUGGGUGCUGUAUCCCCCGACCUACAAGCGAACAAUCCUGAGGCAUACACCCUCUGUAAUUACCACGAAAACAUGAACGAUAUGGAUUCGCAUAGCUACGUACCAAACGGUGUAUAUUCUUUCGAUGGUCUUAUCAAUUACUCGAAAGAGAAACAGAUAUGUCCUUAUUUCACCGUUAGAAGAAUGAUUCCAUUUUGCAAUAUCAUCAUUUACUCAUAUCAUUAUUUGCUUGAUCCCAAGAUUGCCGAGCGGGUGUCGAAAGAACUCUCCAAGGACAGCAUUAUCAUUUUCGACGAAGCGCACAACAUUGAUAACGUUUGUAUCGAAUCGUUGUCUCUUGAUCUCACCGACGAUACGCUUAAGCGUGCGACUCGUGGAGCUAACAAGCUUGGUGAAGCUGUGGACGAAAUGAAAGCACAAGAUUCCGAAAAGCUUCAAAAUGAAUAUGAAAAGUUGGUAGAAGGACUUCGAGAUGCAGAGAUAGCGAGAGACGAAGAACUCUUCAUGAGUAACCCUGCACUCCCACAAGACUUGCUCGAUGAAGCCAUUCCAGGAAACAUACGGAAAGCUGAACAUUUCAUUUCAUUCCUCAAGCGGUUCAUUGAAUACUUGAAAACAAGAAUGAAAGUACUUCAUGUCAUCAGUGAAACUCCGCUCAGUUUCCUCCAGCAUCUAAAGGACCUAACCUUCAUUGAGCGAAAGCCACUUCGGUUCUGCUCUGAAAGACUUUCGCUCUUGGUACGUACUCUUGAGCUUUCAGAAAUCGAAGACUUCAAUGCAUUGAAGGAUAUAGCAACGUUUGCUACCCUCGUUUCCACUUAUGACCGAGGUUUCCAGUUGAUUCUUGAACCGUUCGAAACUGAUGGUGCCACUGUUCCAAACCCCAUAUUGCACUUCACCUGUUUGGAUGCGUCUAUCGCCAUGAAGCCGGUCUUCGAUCGAUUUUCCUCUGUCAUCAUUACAUCAGGAACAAUCUCUCCAUUGGAUAUGUACCCAAGAAUGCUCAACUUCCAAACCGUUAUCCAGGAAUCCUACACCAUGACAUUGGCUCGUCGUUCAUUCUUGCCAAUGAUAGUUACAAAAGGAGCUGACCAGGUCAGUAUAUCUUCCCAAUUUGAAAUCAGAAACGAUCCUUCGGUUGUGAGAAACUAUGGCUCUUUGUUGAUUGAGUUCUCCAAGAUAACACCAGAUGGUAUGGUGGUGUUUUUCCCGUCAUAUUUGUAUAUGGAGUCCAUCAUUUCUAUGUGGCAGACUAUGGGAGUUUUGGAUGAGGUUUGGAAACACAAGUUGAUUCUAGUUGAAACCCCAGAUGCUCAAGUGACGUCGUUGGCUCUUGAGACGUAUAGAAAAGCUUGUUCCAAUGGAAGAGGUGCCGUUCUUUUGUCGGUUGCUCGAGGAAAAGUUUCUGAAGGUAUCGAUUUUGACCAUCAUUACGGUCGUACAGUAUUGAUGAUUGGUAUUCCGUUCCAAUACACAGAAUCAAGAAUCUUGAAGGCUCGGUUGGAGUUUUUGAGAGACAAUUAUCAGAUUCGUGAAAACGACUUUCUUUCUUUCGAUGCCAUGCGACAUGCUGCUCAAUGUUUGGGACGAGUUUUGCGUGGUAAGGAUGACUACGGUAUCAUGGUGUUGGCGGACCGUCGUUUCCGUCGGAAGAAGAACCAGCUACCAAAAUGGAUAGCUCAAGCACUUUAUGAGUCGGACGAAAACUUGUCUACGGAUAUGGCUCUUGCCAACGCUAAGAAGUUCUUGCGUAGUUUGGCGCAGCCUACAAAUCCCAAAGACCAAGAAGGAGUUUCUGUGUGGGAUAUACAUCAAUUGGAAAAGUUCCAAAACGAGCAUCAAUUGCAAGUUGCUUCAGCCGACUUCAAAACAAAUAAAGCCAAAGACGAAGAUGGGUUUAUGGACAUUGAUGAGGCAGACUUGGAAUUGCUUUGA